UCAUUCAGCCCACAGGCUGCAUAAAAAAAAAAUGAACAUAGCAUAUACACCCAACAAGGACCAGCGACGUAUUGGUGCAUCACAGGACUUUGAGUGGUUAUACCAGGAUGAUGUCUGCAGAAUUGCUUUUACAAGCAGCGGGGGAAGAUGCCCCCUUCCCCCGCUGCCUUCCACGGCCUUCUCGAGCAGUCCCAUGCCAUUGGAGAAACCUAAGAAUGCAGUCAAUGUUUCUGCCAGCUAACCAUAGAGCUGAUUGGAGACUAGAAUGGUGCCAAUCAUUUCUAUAGGCUAACCAAUUGGAAGCUACGAGCAU